GCAGACGCUGGGCGCUCGGUCGGUUGAUCCGGAAGCGGUCCCUCUGGCGAGCGUCGGCGGGGGGCCAGCGCUUCCCCCUCAGGCGGCCGGGCGAACGAGCGAGCGAGCGGGCGAGGGAGCCGGGGAUGGCGGGGCCCGCCGGCACGGGCUGACCCCCUUCGGAGGGCCCUGCCGUCCUCCUCCUCUUUCCCUUCGGCCGUCCCUCCUUUCCCCCCCGCUGGAAGCUGGCGGAGCUGGGCCGGGCCGGGGGCGCGGCGGGCCCCGCCGGCGGGAUGAUGCGCUCGCAGUGCCUGCUCGGCCUCCGGGCCUUCCUGGCCUUCGCCGCCAAGCUCUGGAGCUUCCUGCUCUACCUGCUGCGACGGCAGGCCCGCACCGUGAUCCAGUAUCAAACGGUGCGGUACGAUAUUCUCCCCCUUUCCCGAGUUUCGCGAGAACGGCUGAAUCAGGUGAAGAGGAAGAUCCUCGUCCUGGACCUGGACGAGACCCUCAUCCACUCGCAUCACGACGGGGUCCUCAGGCCUACCGUGAGGCCUGGAACCCCCCCUGACUUCAUUCUGAAGGUCGUCAUAGAUAAGCACCCGGUCCGUUUUUUUGUACAUAAGAGGCCGCACGUGGACUUUUUUCUAGAAGUGGUGAGCCAGUGGUACGAGCUCGUAGUCUUCACAGCCAGCAUGGAAAUCUAUGGCUCGGCUGUAGCCGACAAGCUAGACAAUAACAGGAGCAUCCUCAGGAGGAGAUACUACAGGCAGCACUGCACUUUGGAGCUGGGCAGCUACAUCAAAGACCUUUCGGUGGUCCACAACGACCUGUCCAGCAUCGUCAUCCUGGACAAUUCCCCGGGGGCCUACAGGAGCCAUCCAGGGAAAUAUACCGCCGAGUCUUCGGGCAGCCGGGGCAGAGAGUCUUCUGGCGGCCGGCCCACAACCAUAGAGCCCGCUCCCAGAGCGUCCCGUGCCGGAAGACUCUGCCCAGCUCACGAUAACGCCAUCCCCAUCAAGUCGUGGUUCAGCGACCCCAGUGACACGGCGCUCCUCAACCUCCUCCCCAUGCUCGAUGCCUUGAGGUUCACAGCGGACGUCCGGUCGGUGCUCAGCCGCAACCUGCAUCAACAUCGCCUCUGGUGACGGCGGCUCCUCCUUUCUUCAGGAUUUGGCCACGACCUCUGCCUUAUCCCGCCAUCGUGACCCGCUCGCCCGCGGCCCACAAAAAGGCCUUCAGACUCAACGGCAGGGGACGUGGCCCGUGGGGGAGGACUCCCGUUUCGGCCUCGCCCUGCGGCCGUCGGCCGUCCUCUCGCCUCCCGCCCUGUGGACUGGCAGUGACUCAGCCGGGCGGGGAGAGGGGCCGCGUUGCGCGGCACGACACCGGCGAUUCCCGGGACGCACAAGAAAGGGGGUGAAAACUGCGCCAGCCGCCGAGAGCAACGCUUGGACAGACUUUUUUGGGGGGGAAAGGAGGCUGUGUUUCACAGUGGGAAGAGCAGCUCGCCUCCCUCCCCAGCUUCCCUGUGGUUUUUGUUUCUUCCCAUUCCCCCCCCCCCCCCCAAAACGGCAAUCCUCAGAUAAAAGGCAGGGAGGGGGUCGCUUCGUCCGCGAAGGAGCUUUUGAGUGACUGCCUUCCUUUCCAAGGGGUCCUCCCAGCCCCCGUCUUCCUCCCCUCUUUGGCGGAAGCAGCCGGCCCUUCGGAUCGGUGCGGCGGAUGGGGUCCCCCUCUUCCCUCCCCUGUGACAGGAUGGGUUGGGUUUUAUUUUAUUAUUUCUCGGACUUCUGGGACGGGCAGGGGUCUCGAAGGGGGAGAUACGAGACAGGCUUUGAACUGAGGUGGAAAAAGAAAAAGAAAAGA